AUGUCUAAGGGAAUAUGUAAACAAAGCAAAACAUCGUCAUUAUCAUCAUCAUCAAAACAACAUAUACAAAUGUCAUCAUCAUCAUCAUCAUCAUCAUCAUCAUCAUCAUCAUCAUCAUCAUCAUCAUCAUCAUCAUCAUCAUCAUCAUCAUCAUCAUCAUCAUUUUGGAUAGGUGUCGGCAAAAUGAGGUCCAGGAAGCACAGAUUUGUUUGUCUGACAAUGUUCCUAUCAGUGUUAGCAUUGAUGGAAACAAAUGCUUCUACAACCACUGAUUCUAAAACUGAAUCUACUACUACUGAUUCAACAACUGAUUCAGUGACAACUGAUUCAACAACUGAUUCUACCACAACUGAUUCUAUAACCACUGAUUCUACACCAACUGAUUCUACACCAACUGAUUCUACCACACCUGAUUCUAUACCAACUGAUUCUACCACCACUGAUAGUACAACAACUGGUUCUACACCAACUGAUUCUACACCAACUGAUUCUACAACACCUGAUUCUACACCAACUGAUUCUACAAACACUGAUUCUACACCAACUGAUUCUACAAACACUGAUUCUACAAACACUGAUUCUACAACCACUGAUUCUACAACCACUGAUUCUACACCAACUGUUUCUACAACCACUGAUUCUACAAACACUGAUUCUACACCAACUGAUUCUACAACCAUUGAUUCUACAACCACUGAUUCUACACCAACUGAUUCUACCACAUCUGAUUCUAUACCAACUGAUUCUACAACCACUGAUUAUACACCAACUGGUUCUUCACCAACUGUUUCUACAAUCACUGAUUCUACAACUACUGAUGCUACAACCACUGAUUCUACAACUACUGAUUCUAAACCAACUGAUUCUACAACCACUGAUUCUGCACCAACUGAUUCUACACCAACUGAUUCUACCAAACCUGAUUCUACCACACCUGAUUCUACAACCACUGAUUCUAUACCAACUGAUUCUACACCAACAUAUUCUACACCAACUGAUUCUACACCAACAGAUUCUACAACCAUUGAUUCUACCACAACUGAUUCUACACCAACUGAUUCUACAACCACUGAUUCUACAAACACCGAUUCUACACCAACUGAUUCUACACCAACUGAUUCUACCAAACCUGAUUCUACCACACCUGAUUCUACAACCACUGAUUCUAUACCAACUGAUUCUACACCAACAUAUUCUACACCAACUGAUUCUACACCAACAUAUUCUACAACCACUGAUUCUACCAAACCUGAUUCUACACCAACUGAUUCUACACCAACUGAUUCUACACCAACUGAUUCUACAACAACUGAUUCUACAAACACUGAUUCUGCACCAACUGAUUCUACACCAACUGAUUCUACCACACCUGAUUCUACACCAACUGAUUCUACAACCACUGACUUUGAUUCUACACCAACUGAUUCUACAACCACUGAUUCUACCACACCUGAUUCUACCACACCUGAUUCUGCACCAACUGAUUCUACAACCACUGAUUCUACACCAAUUAAUUCUACACCAACUGAUUCUACACCAAUUGAUUCUACAACCACUGAUUCUACCAAAGCUGAUUCUAAACCAACUGAUUCUACAAUCAUUGAUUCUACAAACACUGAUUCUACACCAACUGAUUCUGUACCAACUGAUUCUACAACCACUGAUUCUGCACCGACUGAUUCUACCACACCUGAUUCUACCACACCUGAUUCUACAACCACUGAUUCUACCACACCUGAUUCUACAUCAACUGAUUCUACAACCACUGAUUCUAUAGCAACUGAUUCUACACCAACUGAUUCUACAUCAACUGAUUCUACACCAACUUAUUCUACAACCAUUGAUUCUACCACAACUGAUUCUACACCUACUGAUUCUACAACCACUGAUUCUACAAACACCGAUUCUAAACCAAAUGAUUCUACCACACCUGAUUCUACACCAACUGAUUCUACACCAACUGAUUCUAAAACAACUGAUUCUUCAAACACUGAUUCUACACCAACUGAUUCUACAACAACUGAUUCUACACCAUCUGAUUCUACAACAACUGAUUCUACAAACACUGAUUCUACACCAACUGAUUCUACCACACCUGAUUCCACCACACCUGAUUCUACACCAACUGAUUCUACACCAACUGAUUCUACACCAACUGAUUUUACACCAACUGAUUCUACCACACUUGAUUUUGUACCAACUGAUUCUACAACCAAGGAUUCUAUACCAACUGAUUCUACACCAACAUAUUCUACACCAACUGAUUCUACACCAACAGAUUCUACAUUAACUGAUUUUACAACCACUGAUUCUACCACAGCUGAUUCUACACUAACUUAUUCUACACCAACUGAUUUUACACCAACUGAUUCUACCACACCUGAUUUUGCACCAACUGAUUCUACAACCACUUAUUCUACACCAACUGAUUCUAAAACCACUGAUUCUACAACCACUGAUUCUACAACCACUGAUUCUACACAAACUGAUUCUACCACACCUGAUUCUACACCAACUGAUUCUAACACACUUGAUUUUGAACCAACUGAUUCUACAACCACUGAUUCUAAACCAACUAAUUCUACACCAACUGUUUCUACAACAACUGAUUCUACACCAACAGAUUCUACACCAACUGAUUCUACAACCACUGAUUCUACAAACUCUGAUUCUACAACCACUGAUUCUGCACCAACUGAUUCUACACCAACUGAUUCUACAACAACUGAUUCUACAACCACUGAAUCCACACCUACUGAUUCUACACCAACUGAUUCCAAAACGACUGAUUCUACAACUACUGAUUCUACACCAACUGGUUCUACAACCACUGAUUCUACAACUACUGAUUCUACUACACCUGAUUCUACAACCACUGAUUCUGCACCAACUGAUUCUACAACAACUGAUUCUACCACACCUGAUUCUACACAAACUGAUUCUACCACACUUGAUUCUGCAACCACUGAUUCUACACCAACUGAUUCUACACCAACUGAUUCUACAACCACUGAUUCUAUAACCACUGAUUCUACAACCACUGAUUCUACAACCACUGAUUCUUCACAAACUAAUUCUACCACACCUGAUUCUACACCAACUGAUUCUACCACACCUGAUUUUGAACCAACUGAUUCUACAACCACUGAUUCUACACCAACUGAUUCUACAUCAACUGAUUCUACAACCACUGAUUCUACAACCACUGAUUCUACAAACACUGAUUCUGCACCAACUGAUUCUACACCAACUGAUUCUAACACACUUGAUUUUGAACCAACUGAUUCUACAACCACUGAUUCUACAACCACUGAAUCUAAACCAACUGAUUCUACAACCACUGAUUCUACACAAACUGAUUCUACCACACCUGAUUCUACAACCACUGAUUCUGCACCAACUGAUUCUACACCAACUGAUUGUACAACAACUGAUUCUACAACCACUGAAUCUAAACCAACUGAUUCUACAACCACUGAUUCUACCACACCUGAUUCUACACCAACUGAUUCUACAACAACUGAUUCUACACCAUCUGAUUCUACAACAACUGAUUCUACACCAUCUGAUUCUACAACAACUGAUUCUACAACCACUGAAUCCACACCUACUGAUUCUACACCAACUGAUUCCACAACGACUGAUUCUACAAUUACUGAUUCUACACCAACUGGUUCUACAACCACUGAUUCUACAACUACUGAUUCUACCACACCUGAUUCUACACCAACUGAUUCUACAACCACUGAUUCUACACCAACUGAUUCUACACCAACUAAUUCUACCACACCUGAUUCUACAACCACUGAUUCUGCACCAACUGAUUCUACAACAACUGAUUCUACCACACCUGAUUCUGCAACCACUGAUUCUACACCAACUGAUUCUACACCAACUGAUUCUACACCAACUGAUUCUACAGCAACUGAUUCUACACAAACUGAUUCUACAACCACUGAUUCUACAAACACUGAUUCUACAACUACUGAUUCUACAACCAAUGAUUCUACCACAACUGAUUCUAGAACCACUGAUGCUUCCACAUCUGAUUCUACAUCAACUGAUGCUACCACAUCUGUCUCUAAACCAACUGAUUCUACAAUCACUGAUUCUACACCAACUGAUUCUACACCAACUAAUUCUACCACACCUGAUUUUACACCACCUGAUUCUACACCAACUGAUUCUACACCAUCUGAUUCUACACCAACUGUUUCUACACCAACUGAUUAUACAAGCACUGAUUCUACCACAACUGAUUCUACACCAACUGAUUCUACAACCACUGAUUCUACAACCACUGAUUCUACACCAACUCAUUAUACACCAACUGUUUCUACAACUGAUUCUACACCAACUGAUUCUGCACCAACUGAUUCUACAACCACUGUUUCUACAACCACUGAUUCUACACCAACGGAUUCUACAACAACUGAUUCUGCAACCACUGAAUCCACACUUACUGAUUCUACACCAACUGAUACCACAACAACUGAUUCUACACCAACUGGUUCUACAACCACUGAUUCUACAACCACUGAUUCUACAACUAUUUAUUCUACCACACCUGAUUCUGCACCAACUGAUUCUACACCAACUGAUUCUACAACCACUGAUUCUACACCAACGGGUGCUAUAACUACUGAUUCUACCACACCUGAUUCUACACCAACUGGUUCUACACCAACUGAUUCUACAACCACUGAUUCUACCCCAACGGAUUUUACAACUACUGAUUUUACACCAACCGAUUCUACAACCACUGGUUCUACAACAACUGAUUCUACAACCACUGAUUCUACAACACCUGAUUCUACACCAACUGAUUCUACCACACCUGAUUCUACAACCACUGAUUCUGCACCAACUGAUUCUACACCAACUGAUUCUACACCAACUGAUUCUACAUCAACUGAUUCUACCCCAACUGAUUCUACACCAACUGAUUCUACAACCACUGAUUCUACAACAACCGAUUCUACAACCACUGGUUCUACAACCACUGUUUCUUCAACUACUGGUUCUACACCAACUGAUUCUACAAACACUGAUUCUACAACCACUGAUUCUACACCAACUGAUUCUACACCAACUAAUUCUACCACACCUGAUUCUACAACCACUGAUUCUGCACCAACUGAUUCUACACUAACUGAUUCUACCACACCUGAUACACCAACUGAUACUACCACACAUGAUUCUACCACACCUGAUUCUACACCAACUGAUUCUACAACCACUGAUUCUACAACAACUGAUUUCACCACAACUGAUUCUACAACCACUGAUUUAACCACAACCACUGAAUAUCCAGGGUGUGCUAUAUACAACUCCUCCAACAUGGCUCAGUCUCCUUCAGAAUUAAAAGAAAACGAAAUUGCCAGUUUCAGUUGCGAAUUUUAUACAAAUAGCAAAUGUCAAAACGAAACCAUAACAUGGAAACUUAAAAGAAGGACCUUAGAAAAUGAUUCCUCAAACGAGAUCAUGCAUUCGGAACAAAACGGUUAUCUCACGUCAAAUCUAACAAUACAAAGUCUACAAAAAUCAGAAACAGGAAAUUUGACAUGCGAAAUCAAUGGCAAAUUAGCAUGGACGCUCCUCAACAUCACAGUAGAACUACCAGUGAUAACUAUAUCACCACUCGAUUUGUACAUCUCAGAGGACGAUCUCGGGUCUGUUGUUGAUUACGCUGUUGACCAGAUCACUGUUGUCACCUCCGGUGAAUCUGGUCCAAACCUGACUUCUGGCGAACUCAAACAAACGAGUAAAAUAUUGAAAAGAAUUUCUGAGCUUUUCACUAAUAGCAAUGCUGAUGUAACGGAAAACACCGCAGAGAAUUUUUUCGGUGUCCUGGAUCAAAUUCUAUCCACAAAUAACAGCGGCACGUGGCAAGAAGUUGAAACUGAUGAAAGAAAAGGUCAAACCGGUGUCACUGAGCUUAUGAGGACCGUUGAAAAUUUCGGAGAAGUUGUAGCCAACACUUUAAACGACAAUACUGCUUAUUUCAGAUUUGAUAAAAUGAAAAAUAUUGUUAUUGAAAUUGGGAGAGCGGAGGAAAACGCAAUAAAUUUUACAGCUAAUGGUUCCUCCAGUGAGGAAGGGCAACUACACAUUGAACUAAAUGAUUUUAAUACAACAAACCUAACAUUCACAGCGGCAGUGUAUAGAACUAUAGCAGACGCUCUACCUGAGAGUGGAGGCAAUGUCUCGGAGGUUCUGUCACUAUCUCUUAAUGGACAAAAAAACAUUACGCUAACAAACCCUGUGGAAUUGACGUUUAACACAAAUGAGAACGGAUCUUUUGAAUGUGUGUACUGGGACUUCGAAAACUCCAGCCUGCUGAUGCGUAUGUUCUCCGAAUAA